AUGGCUGCCUCUCGCCGCCACAGAAGACCAUGUGUUUUUUCGCAUGGCAAUACACGCCUCGAGCUCGCUAUGAAAUACUGCUCCGAGUCCAUGAUGGGCCUUUUAAGGAAUUUCGAACUAUCUACAAAUGCCUUCAUUUCGUUCUUUGGGUUCACCUCUGCUUACCCAAUCUCGAAGAUGGCAGUGACGCCUUUCAAGGUGGAGGCAUGGUCGGAGUGUGCUGUUGCAGUGCUCAUUAUAUCCGUAAGGAUAUACUAUCGCUGCUGGCGUGUCAGGCGAAACUGGGACGGGGACGAUUACUUCGCUGUCCUCGCAAUUAUAUUCUGGGCGGCGCAAACAUCCAUGCUUGAAUUAAUCGGUCGAUAUGGUACGACUACAGGAAUGAAUGAUGAGAUUGCCCUCAAGCUCACUGAGGAGGAGAAAAGACGAAUAGUUAUUGGAACCAAAUGUCUCCUUGCGGGCUGGUGCCUUUAUGUCACAUUGAUCUGGUGCCUGAAAUCCUGCAUGUUGUUUCUGUACAAAAGACUCACUCUGAACCUUAGCCAGCAACGUGCAGUUAGAAUAACUGGACUAAUCUGCACCCUGGCCUACAUCGCAACACUUAUGGUCAUUCUAACCCAUUGCCACCCGAUACAAAAAGUGUGGCAGAUUUACCCUUAUCCUGGUGAUUCUUGCGCUUUAAACAUCCCGAACUACCUGGCACUAGUGGUGACAAAUGUGUCGACCGAUGUCAUGAUCAUUUACAUCCCUCUUCCCUUGCUAUGGAAAGUGAAAAUUCCAAUGCGCCGGAAAGUUCUCUUCGGAGCAUGGCUAUGCACUGGAAUUUUCAUCAUCAUCGCUGCUAUCGUUCGCUGCAUUCUAUGCCUAAGGGACGUUCGAUUCAUCAACAUUGCAACCAUUUGGUCCGUUCGAGAAACUUUCGUCGCAACAAUAGCCGUCAACAUACCUGUCCUGAAGCCACUGUUUUCAAAGAGCCUUCGACUCGCAACGACAGGCUCGUCGAGCAAAAACACCAGAUCAACCAGUCACGACGGCAGCCACCAGCUUACACGAAUUGAGCGGAAGGAAAAGCAAAAUAGGAUUCGUAUUGCAAUGGGACUGACGACGAUGGAUAACAGCAGCGAGGAAAGGAUGGUGCAGGGAUUUGAUCCAAAUUCGAAGAACAAUGAGUACGUGAUCUCGACGGGCAGUGUCGAGACUGUUAAUCACGAGUUGAGAGAACCGGCGGAGAUUCAUGUUACCACAACCUAUAAUGUUUCUUAA